AUGGCCAGCUCAUCGGCCAAAGGCGGUGCCUGGACUGAUGGAGAGAAGUACCAGCUCCUAGUCCAGAUCAUCCACCAGCUCACCUCCGCCGGCGGCGCUUCCAUCAAGCUCGACCAGCUCAACAUGCCCGGCCGCACGCCCAAGUCGCUCUCGCACAUGGCCACCAAGAUCAAGGCCGAGGCCAAGGCCUUUGCCACGGCGUCGGCGCCGGCGAGUACCAACGGUGGCGGUGGUGGCAGCAGCAAAAGCAGCAGCAGCACCAAGACUGCUGCUCGCGGUGCUGGACAGAAGAGAUCCGGCCGGCCCGCGGGCGUCGCACCAGCACCAGCACCAGCAGUAGCAGUAGCAGCAGCACCGCGAAGACAACGUACCGCCGCGGCGAAGGCGGCGAGCAAGUCCAUCAAGGGAGACCCGGACGAUGAGGAGGCCGAGGACGAGGAGGAUGAGGACGAGGACAGUGCCAGCAGCAACAGCACCAACAACGAGAAGAUAUCCUACGCACACGAGGACCGCGAGUUCGCAGUCAAGACGGAGCACGAACACCACCACAACAACAACGGCACCGGUAACGAUCACGGCGAUGAUGAUGAUGGUGAUGAGAAUUAUGACGCGGAUUAUGAUGCAGAGGCGGCGGCGGUGGGCCACGGCGAGCAGGCAUCACGAGCUUACAAGAAGGCAAAGCUUCAGCACAAGUAUGAGCCCGUCGAGGUGUGA